AUGAACAAAUUGCACGCACAUGUCGCUCGUGCGAACACGAAUCACAACGAGGGCCGAGCAGAGAAGGGAGGAAAUGGAGAGAUUCCCUCUGGACAAAGGCUGCAAAACACCUUUCGCGUUCGAGACAGCGACAUGGAGAGAAUUAAGAAGCGUCGUCAUGACGCAAAGCGCGACCGCAAGGUCCGAUUCGAAGGGGUUCCGGAAAAUGGAUCUGUCGACGGCUCUUUACCCUUAGUGUGA